ACAGACUGAGAGCCCAGCACCGACACCAGUCCCUAAAGCCACAGCCAGGGAUGCUGACAGCAACCAUGGGGCUUAAAGCCACAGCUACAGCCCAGGAGGCUGACAUCAGCCCUGGGGCCUAAAGCCACAGUCAGAGGCCAGCACCGGCCCUGGGGCAUACUGAUGUGCAUUCCUGUUGCUUCCUACUAGUUCCCCUGGGGCUCCAUUGACCACAAUGAGGCCAUAUUGGUCUUUCCUGUUUUUUAUUGGGCUGCACAAGAGUCAUCCUCACUUCUGCAUUAUUUUACUUCAAAUAACCCCACUGGGUGACCCUGGUGUUGGUUUCCUAAAAUUUGGAUCUGAGAGGCGUCCGUUUCCUUCACUUAUGAUGAAGGCACAGAAGUGAUGCGGGCACUCGCUGAGAUCACAGUCGUUGCUGGGGUGGGAGCGUUUGUGCCACAGCUGGUGAGCAGAGCUGGUGCUCUGGUGAGCGUGCUGCACGCAGAGACUGAGCUGUUAUUGAGCCUUCCCUUUGACAGAAAACACCCUGUGAGAGCCCGUCAGAGUCAAAAGCACCGCUGCAGCGUGUGAGCUGACACAGCUCAGGCUGAGCAGUGACCAGGUGAGCUGGGUUUGGUGCUGGCUGGUUGCCAGGAGGUGUCUCAGCUGAAAAGCUGGGCUGGGCUGGAUUUCCCAGCUCAAAUGGUUGUAUCCAGAGGAAACAUGUUCUUGUUGAGAUUCCAUCCCACGAUUUGAUGUGGGCUUUUGAGGAGAUGGAGAAGAGCACUUGCUGACACAAGCCAUGGCAGUCAGACACGAGCUGGAGCCAGCAUUGGGCAGCUCUUGCAGCCAGCUGAUUUCCAGACAUUGCCCUCCUCAAGGGACUAAAUUGCAUGGCAGAAGAAAGCUGAAAAAAUGCUUCUUCCUCAUGAUUUUUCACUUGUUGAUAAUUUCUGCAGGGUUCCUGUCCAAAAGGAGAUUUCAGAGAUCGAGGCAGUCUCAGGAAGAGUGAAGCCAGCUCUUUCCAAGAGCAGAGAAGUUCCUGUGGAGAGAGCCCUAAGAACUUCAGCUUCCUCUGACACAGCGGUCAUGUCUCAGCAAGGAAAUGACCGCAGUUCCAAUUCCUGCUCUGUGAGAGGAAAGAAGCAGCAUGGUGCAGUUCCCCAUGUUUGGGAGCAGCAGCCAGCAGGCUGCCAGAGAUCCAACAGCACCUUGCAGCACACAGAGGGAUGCAAUGGGGACAGACCGUCCUUACUGCCAUACAAAAGGACAGAGCCUGCACAUCCGUGGAAUGGUGCUGGGCAUGGGGGGAAACAGAAAGCCUCCCCAGAAGCUGAUGCCAGUGGCCUUCCUCUGAAGCGCAGCCAUGCAGAAAGGCAGCAGAGGAGCACCAAGUGUGACAUGGCACCCAAGAGAGAGAUUGGUGCUGAGCCAAAUGGCAAUAUCUAUGUGAAAGUGGUGCAGCAGGUCCGUUCUGAGAGAGCUUGUCACCAAACAGCAGCUGAAGCUCCUCUACGGGCUGGAGGGCUUCCUAGAAGAGCAGGUCCCAGCACAGGGGAAGACCUUCCCCUGCCAUGUGCCCCCACUCCAUCUCCAAGGCCCAGGCUGGAUGUAAACGCAAGGGUUUGGAAGAAGGGAGACCAACAGCAGCGCAGCUGCCUGCCAGAAAGAGAGCAAGGGGUCAGAGCACAGACAGCGUGCCGGCUCCAGCAGCACAGCCUGGGCCUGCCGCAGCACGGAGCUCCAAGCAAAGAGGUGAGCAGGUGCUGUGGUACCACCAUGCUGUGCUGCUUCCCUUUUCAAGCUGAGUUUGCUUAGGGUUUGCUUUGCUUUUUCCUUCUCUGUAGAGGGGAAAUGGGUUGAAGGCUACGAAGUGCAAAGGCAGUGAGGUGCCAGAAUGUGCAAGUCUAUCUCUUUCCAUUAGCGCCAUGGUGGUCUUCUGCACAUCCCACUGGAAAUGUCAUUCACUGGGAAGCUUCCUAGUCCAAUUUCCUUUGUCUUUUUUCUCCCAUCUGCUUUUAUGGCAGAUAAAAUGUUUCUGCCAUGUUUCUGCAGUUUUGCUGUUGACAAAACAAAUUCAUCUUUUUUCUUGCCUUAUAGCAAGAAGACAGCGACGAAAAGAGAGGACCAUGGAACUGAAGAAUGCUUCCAUGAGAGCUGCUGCUGCAUGUGCAGAGGUGAGUCCUUGGUGAGCACAGACAUGGCUCUUCUUGUUCUCAGGGCAUCUGUCUGUCAGACAUAAAUGUGAUUUCCCGAGGAAAGCAGUGUCCUAUUUCUACAUCACUUUGUUUCUUUCCAGUCCUCCACGAUGAACAGACUCGACGAGAUGAUGCAGAAGCUGCAGCUGAAGGACUGAGAGGAAGAGCGUCAGAAGGCAGCGGCUGCAGUGCAUGGUGUUACAGGGCAAUGCUGUGAGUGCUGCCCAACUCGGCACUCCAACUUUGGAUGUAGUCAAUAAAAAACAUUCACAAUUAGAGACUGACAAGGAGCACACAGCCUGAUUUGUCCAGUGGCACUCAGUAAGCUGCUGCACCACCUCCUCGUUAUUAGUCUCGCAGCACUCACUCAGAACUCCCACAGCUCCAUCAGCAAAUGCUGCUGUCUAUUGAUGCAGCAGAGGCAGCAGUCCCUUGCACUGCCUACAAACAGACUGUCUGCAGAGCACGUGCAAAGAGCUGCACGUAACAAAGCCUGGCCAUGAGCAUGCUGAGUGAGAGAACAAUGCCGUAGAGAUUGUUGAGUUUCCCAGGGCAGCACUGAGUGGUUUUUGCUUUUAUGAUGAGUGUAUAAUGAGCGAAGUUCACCAAAAGGUGAGUGUUUUCUCAAAAAAAAAUGACAGACUGUUGGUCCAGAGCAGCAUCUCUGCAGCUUAGGACCACCAAGCUGCCAUCCCAGCACUGUUCUGCUUACAGACAGCACUCCAGGUUCUCCUGAUGUGGCACUCAGAAGGCAUCCCUCUGUCGUGCAGAUCCCCAGUGCCUGCCAGCCUGUCCCUGUUUCGGCUGGGAGGGCACUGUUUCCUCUGGAGCACCUGGUAUGAUGCUGUGUCCUGGUUCUAUCAGUGCCCUCCUGCAGGCUGCUGUACAGAGCACAGUGCUGCAGAGCUGUGCUUCCUGGCCCUGCGCUCUCCAGCACUCUUGUGCGAGUUCUGCCUCUCCCAGGAAUCUCCUGUUCCCAGGAACCUCCACUGCUCCCUUGCACACACAUCUGUGUGCACAUACGUGUGCAGAACCACACUCCCACAUGCAAGGACUUCCCUGCACACAUACUUGUGCAUUCACACACAUGCAAGCAUACCCUUGCACAGCCCUGUGUGCACACUCCAUCCACAUGCAUGCAAGUGUGUGCUAAGUCACACAGCCUUGUGCAAAGACCUUGAUGCACACACCAUGUUCAUGCACACACGUGUGCAAACUCACCCCUUUACACACCAGCGUGCAUGAAGACACGCAUGAAGGUGCAGCUGCAGCCGUGCACACAGCCAUGUGCACACACACAAAACUCAUGUGAAAAUACCCUCCACACACCCAUGUGCAGUGCACACUCUGAUGUUCAACACCACCUCUAAGAUGAUCACAGGGCUGGAGCACCUCCCCUGUGAAACGUUGAGGCAACUAGGCUUGUUCAGCUUGGAGAAGAGGGCAGCCGCAGGGCACAACCCCCUAUACCCAGAAUGCAAGUGAAGUGUAAAGAAAAGAAAUUAACAACUACAGCCACUAUUAUCUCAGGACACACUGACCUCAGACACAGAGAGGUUUUAAGUGAAAUCCCUAUUUUCAUGAAUGAAAUAUCUCAAGCUUCCUGUGCCCUCCCUGAAGUAUUACCUCUAAUGGCACUUUUCUGUUUUUUCUUUUGCUUUGCAUGAUUGAGUUUUUACUCAGCCAGGGCUUAUAAACGAUGUUACUGCUGUCCCAGUGCAUCAGCUGCACUGCCUUGAACUUAAUUUACUAUCCAAUACCUAGUGAUAUAAACAAAGCCAAAAACACAGAAGAGUUGCAGGAACAAACCAGCUACAGUGCUUGAUAGAAAGAGAAGAAGGAGGGACUGAGAUUACAUUCUUUAGUGAAACCCUAGAACUUAAACAAAGGUAUCAACUGCAGACAAAAGCAAGAGCUGACAGAGCUUUAAAUUAACCAAGACAGAAAAAGGACUCAAUCUAGUAAAUAACCAUAAAAACACUCACCCCCUUCUGAGGAACAGGGCACACAAAACACCACAC